AUGCCAAUGUCGCUGACAGCGGACGAGCCGCCAGUGUUGCCAAUCGGUACGGAUGUGUCGGCCAAAUACAAGGGCGCCUUCUGCGAGGCCAAAAUCAAACGCCUGACGCGCGCCGUGAAGUGCAAACUCACACUCAAACACAACAAAAAAGUCCCGCAAAACGGGUGGACACACAUACCUGCGGCACAGUAUUGCCGAGCAGUCUACGAAAUAAAGCCUAAUACUAACAACAAUGCGUACGACAACAAUGAUUGUGGUAAUUGUGGCCCUAUUGGCGAUCAGCGCUUAUACCGUAUGACUGAUCCAAUCGCCAAUGCUUAUGCCGAACCAAACCCGGACCCUCUGGCCGAAGCUGACGAGGCCAGUGAUUUUGCUAUUUCGAGUAAUAAGUCCAUACAAUACAGUCAUAUACUAACAACAAUGCGUACGACAACAACGAUUGUGGUAAUUGUGGCCCUAUUGGCGAUCAGCGCUUAUACCGUGAUGGCUGACCCAAUCGAGCUCGAGCCGGCACAGGAACCUCAAGACGAUGAGGAUGUUACACCCGAACAAAUGGAGCAGCUUAAGAAGAUGAUCAAGGACCAGUUAAAAAGCCAAUGA